GGUGAUGGGGUUUGGGAGGUGACGGAGUUUGAUGGAGUGAGAGGGUUUGUCAACUGUUUAAGAGUGACGGGGUAGGUGGCAGGGUGCAGGAGAGUGACAGGGUUUGGCAGGGUGGGUGAGUUUGCAAAGUGAUGAGGGUCAGGCGAUUGGGGUGACAGGGUUUUUUGCAGGGUGGCAGGGUUUGGUAGGUGACAGGGUUUGGCGGAUGUUUGACAGGAGUGACAGGGCUUGUCAGAGGAGACAGGGUAGGUGGCAGGGUUUGGCAGGGAUGACAGGGUUUUGUGGGAUGACUGGCAGGUAGAGUAGGUGGCAGGGUUUGGCAGAGGUGGCAGGGUUUAGCAGGGGUGGCAGGGUUUGGCAGAGGUGGCAGGGUUUGGUAGGUGACAGAGUUUUGUGGGGUGACAGCAUUUGGCAGAUAUUUGACAGGAGUGACAGAGUAAGUUGCAGGGUUUGGCAGGGGUGGCAGGUAGGGGACAGGGUGGUCCCUGACAAAUCUGGAUCUGGAGGGGUGAUUGCGGGCCUCUCUUUUCUCCUCGCUCCAGUGAAUCCGUUGGCUGAUAUUUUGCUUUGAGUUUUUCGUGAUCUCAAAUUACAUUUGUAUUUAGGAGGGAGUUACAGACAGCGUAGGGAUAAAAUCCUGGGUUUUCUGUGUGAAAAGUGUGGGAGAGAUUUACUUUUGCAGUGAAGAAAAGUAGCUCACAAACAGUGCAGUUAGACCUAGGCUUUUACUCUUCUUUUGAAGAAAAAAGUAACUGCUAAUUUUUAAAAGGGGGUUAUGUUCUUCCAUGCUGGAGAUCUUCCUUCCUUCCAUGUUUAAAUCUGUGUGGUGCUUCAGGUUAUGGAAGUAAAAAUACUAACGUUCUACAGAGAGUUUUGAAUCAGUGUGAAUUUAAUUUGCCAUGAUUUGGUGGCAUUCUGGUUCUAGACAAGGUUCUGUAGCAAAAAAGUUAAUCUUUAGGGACACCAAAGCAGUGGUUAUUUAGCCAGGCUGCAGCUGAACCCUGCCCCAGCCACUCGUGCUGGCACUGUCAUUUCUGUGACUUCACAGUUUUAGUCAGGUGAAUUUUCGUUCAGCUUGGUUGCCCAAUACAGCUCAGUGUGCAAAUCUGUGAGUUUUAGAGCCAGCAUGAGAGAGGCACAAUAAAAAGUGGUGGGGGAGGCAAGGAGCAUGGAACUAGCCUUUUUGACUUCAGUCUCGACUUAACAUCCAGUUGGAGUGCUUUGUAAUGACAGCUGAACAUGCUAAUAGAAAUUAAUUUAAAGGGUUCUGUUUUGGUAAUAACUUAGUGCUUUUGCAAAACUAAAAGAGUACCCAUACUUUUCUGUUUUACAUGAUUUAUCUGUUAAAAUAAUGUUUAAGAUCUGUAUAUCACUACAUGCACAUGUUUUCUUGAUUAGCCUUAGAUCUUAGACCUAGUAAUUUUUUCUUCCACGUACUGUGGAGCUUGAUACUAUCAACAUUUUUUACUUUUGAUUGGUUACUUACCUUUUUAUACUACUUUGUUAGUUCUGUUGCAGCAAUUUUCUGUUAGUCUUUUUACCAGUAAGACUAAUACUUGAAACUUACAUAUACUUUUUAAGAAAGGCAUGCAAUUCUAGUGUACUAUUUCUCGUCUCAUACUAAUCAGCUGAUGACCAUCUAUUUAUGUCAAGCUGCACUUUAAGCUUCUUACUUAUGCUGUUAGGCCUGUUACUUAUCUAGCAACGCUUACAGCCUAAACUAAGAGCUGAAACAAAUGGACUAGUGUGUGAUGGAGUAGUCCUUUUAAUAAGGUAAUUAUUUUUAAAAUCUCCAAAGCUAACAGAAAGUGCAUUUACAAAGGUGUUUCUGCUGCUUGUUGGUAUCUAUAAGGGCCUUUCCCCCCACCCGGAGAGAGAAAUUGACACUCUGAGACUCACAUGCACAAGAGCAUCCCAUUGGAAAUAUUUAGAAACUUCUUUUCUUUUUUUGGUGAGGUUAUGUCCUAUAUCAGCUUCUGUUUUCAGAAGUUAUUGUUCCCAACAGGACAAAUGACUAAGUUACACAUGUCCUCCCAGCUGAUGCAGUUUUAAGGCCAGUAUACUAAGGUGUUAAGGAAGAAAUCAGCACACCUGCAGACAGGUACUUCUGCAUGAACAAAAACUGAGGACAGAAAAAGAGCUUCAGUUUCAGAGGAGAGUUCCCUUUUAUGGUCUUGCUGCAAACAUAAAUUAACCAAUCCUAAAGGAUGCAGGAAGAUCAUACAAAAGCGUAGGUGCCAACUACAGCAGAGGGAGUUACAGUAGCAGCUCUGAAGAUGCCUUCAAUGUUUGACAAAGAACCUUUCCAGAUACACUGCGGAUAUUAAGUCAUUGCCACCCAACAUAAAGGAUAAACUGAUUAAAUUAAUGAGUAGACAAGGGCAAAUAACCGAUUCAAAUAUCAGUGAGGUAUUGCACCCUGCCGUUGAGUCUCUAGACCUCCGAGACUGUGAUAUUUCAGAUAAUGCAUUGUUACAGCUUUAUAACUGCAAGCAAUUGAAAAAAAUCAACUUAAAUUCUUGCAAAGAAAACAGAUUGGGAAUCACUUCAGAAGGUGUCAUAGCUCUGGCUUUAUCCUGUCCUUACCUGCGUGAAGCGUCUUUUAAAAGGUGCUGCGAUAUAACCGACAGUGGAGUUCUUGCUCUUGCGCUCAACUGCCAGUUCCUACAAAUAGUGAACUUAGGCAGCUGUUCAGGCGUUAUGGAUGCAUCCUUGCAGGCACUAGGAGAGAACUGCAGAUUUCUUCACAGUGUGGACUUUUCAUCUACUCAGGUAACAGAUGAUGGCGUGAUAGCACUAGUGAGUGGAACAUGUUCAAAGAAUUUAAAGGAGAUCCACAUGGAACGGUGUGUGAAUCUGACUGAUGUUGCUGUAGAAGCAGUCCUCACUUGUUGUCCGAAGAUACAUAUUUUUCUGUUCCAUGGAUGCCCAUUGAUAACAGGGGAGAAGUUGGAGCUGGAGGGGCAGGGAGAGAGCUUCAGCGCAGGAGCUGCUCCUCGGGCUGUGCCCAGGACCGCCUGCCUGCUGACUUGCAGGAAGCUGCCAGAGCCCCCCUUCUCUACCUGCUGGCUCCUGUUGGAGGCAGGAUACCAAGGAGGAUGGACUCUGGUUUUUAUGCACCAUAUAAGAGUGACCGUUCCCGAGAUGUUUUAGAGCAGCUAGUUGUAUCAAACAAAAUCAAGCAAGUGACAUGGACUGUUUACUGAUUACUUUGUGUGUGUGUAUAUAUGAGUGUAAGGUUUACAGAUGAGAAAGCUGUUUCAGAAAACAGCCACCUCUGGAAAAUAGCUGCCCUGCUGGUGACUUUUGUACUGCCAGAUGGCUUCACUCCUUGUUCCCGCCAGAGGUCUCUGUCGCCAUUCCAGUCCUCGCUCUCUGAGUCAGGGCUUUGUAGUGUCUCUGCUUAGAGCCUGGUCUUUUUUUGCAUCACUGAUCAUAUUGCAUUAAGAAGAGAGUUAAAUUAUAAUUAAUAUUACUGUAUCAUCUCUCAGCCUCCUUGAAGGAUCAGAUUAGGCUACUAAACAUCUUACUCUUUGCUACUUAUACAAACACACUUUAAAUCCCUGUCCUGAGUUUAUAAUCUGAGAGGGUAGUCACGAUUAAAAAUACCAAGCACAGUAACACUUAUGCAGAAGUGUCUGUAAAGUUAGGGUUUAUUUCUGAAAAAAGUGAGCAGACAAAACUAAUAAAUGGAGGUGGCAUUACCAGCAAUGCAAGUAUAUUUUAAGUAGUAACAAGUAGUCUCCUUUCAUGAUGUACUUUGCUGGGUCUGGAGGAAAAACAGUAGAUACAUUUAUUUAUGGUGUUACUGAUGCUGCAGGUUUCUUUUUUUAUUUACCAUCAAAUACUGGAUUUUUACAGUUCCAAAAGAACAGUCUGUGAACAUAAAAACAUAAAAUUGUCUUGAAAUUAUUGUGGUCAUUUAAGGAAUUUCAGAAUAGUAGUCAUGACCAAUAACAGAAUUCUGUAUAUGGGUAAAUACUCAUUUGCUUUGGCUUUUGCCUGUAUUCCUAUGUAAAAAUGUUUAGCGGGGACAAAAUGCUGCUCCUUAUAAGCAUAGCUGAGGGUGAAACAGGACCAGACAUAGGCUCUGAGCACAUGAAUCUCAGGACAGUAGAGUUCAGCAGAGUAUGUGUUCUGCUGUAUGCAGUUCAUUACAUCUACAGUGGCUUACAGAUAUUGAAAAUAUAUCUAUUUAUGUAUUGUUCAAUUGUAGUCAUAUUUAAAAGCAAAGUUCCGUUUUUGAAGUGUAGACAAGUUUCUUACAUGAUGUACCAGGGGUCUUAUCACAAUUAUAAGUCAUACUUAGUGGGUCUGUUGAAGCAAGAAAUGUCUAGUGAGUCUUUUAUAUGAUUUCUACAUUAAGCUUAAAAAUGCUAGUCAUUUUGGUGUUACACAGGGUGGGGGGUAGCACACUAUGUUGAUACUCUGCAUCUGGAACUAACAGGACUUAGCUGGGGAGGUCUUACAUGAAUCUGGUGACACUUAGAAACCUGUGAGGUUAGGCAACCAUUAGGAAUAUGUUUACUUUAUAAUCCAACACAACACUGUCACAGGCCACACUCACUUUAGGUGUCACAGAAAUAAGAGAGUCUUCUAAUCUAUUUAAAGUUCAUGUCAAACUGCAUGGAAGAUAGUAAUAUGUAUAUAUAUGUUACUAUAUAUAUGUUGCAUCAGUAAUAUUAAAGGAUAUUAUGAAGUCUGACAACAAUCUCUGUUCUUCUGUUGGUUUUAUGGGUUAGGGAAGAGCAAAUUCUAUUUAGUAAAAGUGCUAAUGCAUAAUCAUUUUCAAACUCAGGGGCCUAAAUUCCUAACUCUGGGUCCAUGCAGUACUAUGUCUCAGUGCAGAGAGGACUGUGUUCCCACGAUAGCUAUAGGUAUAACUUCAUCAGCGCAAACCAGUCCUAUAGACAGAAGUUGCUGGUUUUGCUACAUUAGUGUACAUAGCAACUAGCACCUAAAGGCUGCAGUUGCAGCAAAUUGUUGGACCAGAUAAAGGCCUAAGAACCUAAAUGUAUACUUAGUUUUAACCAUCCAGGUUUGAAAACUGGCUUUAUUCCCUUUUUUGUCUAAAGACGAUUUGCAUUGUUUCCAUAUAGGUCCCUGUAGUUCAGUAGGUAGCAGCGCUGACAUGCUCAGUCAUCUUGUCAAACAAGUAACACAUAAAGCUAGCUGUCCUUGCUGCAGGAAAUGUGCUGCAAAAAGAGUAAGUAGACUCAUAAGAUAUAACUCAUAAGAUAACUGAAGGGGCCUCAGGAGGUCUCUAGUCUAACUUUCUACCCAAAGUAGCGCCAGCUCUGAGCUCAGACCAGGUUGAUUAUGGCUUUAUCCAGUUGGAGCUUGAAAAACUGAAGAGGACACAGCCAUGAACAACCUCUCCUUGCAACCUGUUCCACUGUUUGACUGUUCUUACAGUGAAAAAUUUCUUCCUUACAUCUAGUCUGAACCUCUUCUGUUUCAGCUUAUGGCCCUCAUCUCUUGUCUUCCUACCAUGCACUGCUGGGUAGAGCCUGGCUCCAUCUUCUUGAUAACCUCCUUGUAGGUACGGGCAGGUUGCUGCUAUAUCCCCCUGAAGCCUUCUCUUCUAGAGGCUGACCAAGCCCAGCUCCUUCAGCCUCUUACUGCAGGGCAUAUAACCAUAAUAUGGAGCAGUAAGAGUUGUCAGAUUGCCAUUUCAAGUGCUACAUCCAGAAAGAAAAUUACAAAUGGAGAUAAAGCAGCUAAAGAUGGAAGACCACCAGAGUUUCUAACAGUAAAGGAACCGUAAAAAAAAAUCCUAUUUGUGGGACAGUGUUACUUCUAGUCUCACAGGCUAACCUGGCCUUUUUUCCCCUUGUUACUGGAACCCUGGCUUUGUUACAGUGAUGGUAAAUAGAGUUUACGUUCUUUCCUUAAAAAUGCAUGCAGAUGUACUGUGUUCUCCUAUCAGCCCUUUCUAAAUGUAUAACUUUGUGGUGUAUCUUCACCUUGUGCUUGAAAGCCUAGAAAACACAGAGAUGAAUCAUAAUGCUGUAUUCUUAAGUUUGGAAGUUAACAUAUAUCACUUUAAAUCCUUCACUGCCAGAGGCUGAGUCUGCUCUCUCAUGGAUUUGGUACUAUCAUAAUUCCACUGAAUUUUUUUUGAUUCAGGUUAAAUCAGAGUCAGUUUCAAUAAAUGUUUACAAAUACUGUUGGAAGUGGGAGAAGAACAUCAUGUAUAGCCUUAUCACUUCAUAUUCUAUAUUGUAUUUGGAUGUUGUUACCCUUGUAAAUAGUUGGAUGAGAAUAUUCAAGUAUUGUUUUGAAGAUUAAAUUUUGUCUCUGACUGGUUCA